UUCAAUAUGUUAUUGUCAUGACUUUUGUGAAAGUAUAUUUUUGGGGGUGUCAUAUCUUGUAAAUUAUUACAUAAUAUGACUGAAUUCCGUGGUGUUAUUUCAAUCUGUUACGUAGUUUGUAUACCAUUAUCAAUGAUUAUGCUUUGCCAAUCAUUUAAUAAUUAAAGUGUUUACCUUUAUGUAAAUACGGCAUUGAUUUUGGGUUUUUAAUUGUUGAUUGGAAACGUAUUCUCAUUGCAAAAUAAAAAGGUAGCUGCUGAGACAGAAAUAAUUGUCUGAGGUCUGCACAACUUAUUGCUGAGGUCUGACAAUGGUUCUCAAAGUUUGUGUGAUUGGGGCUGGUAUUAUUGGACUGUCGUCGGCCAUUCAGAUACAGGAGAGACUCGGACAGCAGGACAUAACUCUCGUAGCUGACAAGUUUUCACCUGAAACUACAGGGGAUGGAUCAGGCGGAUUCUGGAAACCUCACAUGCUUGGAGAAACUCCCAUUUCUGAUAUUAGACGAUGGAGUGUGACGACAUGGCAGCAUCUGACAGACAUAGCAACAUCGCCACUGGCAGCCCAGGCUGGAGCAUCCACUGUGUCUGGCUACUCACUGUCCAGCAGGCCACAGUACCAGGAGGAAUGGUGGAAGGACCUCGUGCUGGGCUACCGCCAUCUCUCCCCCCGGGAGCUGCAGAUGUUCCCUGAUGCAAAAUCCGGUGUAUUCUUCACCACUGUUCAGAUAAAUGCUGUAGCGUAUAUGGACUACUUGUUGAGAAGAUUUCAGAAAAAUGGUGGAAAACUUCAGAUGAAAACUAUUACCAGCAUUGAUGAGGUUGCCUAUGACUACGACGUUGUUGUGAACUGCAGCGGCAUCAGAGCCAGGCAUCUACUCGGGGACCUCGAUGUCGUGCCAGUCAGAGGUCAUCUCACCAGGGUUCGGGCUCCAUGGGUGAAGCACUUUGUCUUGAGGCUGGAUCCUGGAGAAGAAGCAUUUGUGUUGCCGGGGGUGUUGACCUCAGUGUUAGGUGGUGCUGAUGAGGUCGGCAACUGGAGUACCGAGGUCAGGGAAGAAGACAAGACGGCUGUGUGGCAGCGAUGUUGUCAGCUGAUGCCGAGUCUACAGGAUGCACAGGUGGACCAUCACUGGGUGGGUUUGCGUCCCAGUCGGUCCCGGGUCCGGCUGGAGACAAGUCACAUGACGGUCCAGGGGAGAGCAGUACCAGUGAUUCACAACUACGGCCAUGGUGGUUCCGGAGUGACGCUACACUGGGGGUGUGCUGUGGAGGCUGCUGACCUCGUGCUCAGAGAGAUCCAAGCCAGGAGACCCAUGGCCAAACUCUGACCUCUACCUCCUGCAGAUCUGAGGCAGGAGACGCAUGGCCAAACUCUGACCUCUACUCCGGCAGAUCUGAGGCAGGAGAUGUGUGGCCAAACUCUGAGGAACUGUACAGCUGUCUAUAUACCUGUCUGUCAAGAUGUAUAACUGUCUAUAUAUACCUAUCAGUGCUUUAUCCACAACUCAGGUCAAAUUUGUUUACAUCUAUAUUUACCAAAGAUCUGUUUAUUUGUUCUAAACAGACAGAAUGUUUUUUCUGUGUUUUUUUGUUCUUGUCUGUGAAUGUGAAAAUAUUUUUAUUGAAUGUAUUUCAUUGGUGUGUUGUGAGAUGAGAAGGAUGCUGUAUUGCACUCUCAAGGACAAGGUUAUAUCCUGCACACCGCUGAGCAGGAUGGUGUAUUGCACUGUCAAGGACAAGGUUAUAUCCUGCACACCGCUGAGCAGGAUGGUGUAUUGCACUCUCAAGACAAGGU